CUCUCUCUUCACACUCAGACCGCUUUGUGAACACUAAAGGAAACUUAGUGUGCUUACUUUCGGACUGGUUAAAAUUGCUAAAAGUUCCAUUUGUCCACCUGGAUGAGAGCCUGAAAGGAAAGUACGCUACCAGGGUUUGGACAGGAUGACCUCCCCGGAGGCGCAGCGUCCCCCGCCCACGGAGCGCUCGGUGUCCCAGGACUCUCAGGACUCCCUGGACUGCGGCUCCAUGGAGGACUACUGGAGUGAGAUGAAGAGCAUCGAGGAGUCUGGCCACGGCGGCUACGAGGAGCUGGAGCGGCGCAGCAGCGACGAGGCGGAGCUUGAGGAGGCGUGGCUCCAGGAGGCGGGGCUCUCCACGCUGGUGUCUGGGGCCCCGGGAGACGGCCCCACCGAGGCCAUCCUGUCCACCCUCACGCGCUCGCAGGCGGCCCUCGUCAGGAAGCGCCUGGACAACUACACCCAGACCCUGCGCAAGAGGAACAAGCAGCCCAUCCGCCACGUCCGCGACGUCUUCUCCAGCGUCGACGCACCGUCCAUACCUGCCAAGGAGCAGAUCGCCCCGGUGUCCCCCAUCUCCCCCAUCUCGCCCAAAACCCAGCGCCCAUCCAAGCUGCCCAUCUGGAUGCCCGUAAAAGGGGAGAGCCGCGUGCCGGACUGCGAGCCUUCACGGGACACUCUGUCCUCUGAGGUGCCCUACUCGGAGGGAGCCGCUGCCCACAGGAAAGGGAAGGACUGCCUGGACUGUCAGAGGGUCAGGAGGGAUGACAGGACUGCACAAACCAUUCAACCCUUUCGGCCCAAACUGGGGCUGACGAAGGUGCGAGACCUGUCAUCGGAAGACAUGAAAAAAAUCUCCUGCAUCUCUCUGAUAGAGCUUUCCACAUUUUACGACUGCCUGGGAAUCGAGCUGAAACGGAACCGGACGGUGCGCAGCAAAGCUCGAGAGAGUGGAAUCUUCGGAGUUCCCCUCGCAACUCUAUUGGAAAACGACCAGAAGUUAAUCCCAGGGUCCAAAGUUCCUCUUGUUUUCAGAAAGAUUUUGUCCAAAUUGGAGCAGACAGGACUGCAGACAGAGGGCAUUCUGAGGGUGCCAGGCUCCGCCUCCAGGGUCAAGCACCUGCGGCAAGAGCUGGAGUCCAAGUUCUACGAAGACCGGUUUGACUGGGACCAGGUCCGGCACAAUGACGCGUCGGGCCUGCUCAAGAUGUUCAUCCGGGAGCUGCCCUGCCCCCUGCUGACUCAUCAGCACCUCCCCGCCUUCGUCGCAGUGCAGAAAAUCUCAUUGUUCAAACAUCAGAUCCAAGCCCUGCACCUGCUGAUCAUGCUGCUGCCAGAGCCUAACAGAGACACGCUGAAGGCUUUGCUGGAGUUCCUCAGGAAGGUCGUGGCCAAUGAGGACAAGAACCGCAUGAGCCUGUGGAACGUCUCCAUGAUCGUGGCGCCCAACCUUUUCAUCUCCCGUGGCAAGAGCACCAAGCUGGAGGAGAUGCAAGGGGCGCCGGGCUCCGCCCAGCUGGUGCGCCUCCUCAUCACCCAUCAGGACCUGUUAUGGACGGUCCCAUCCUUUCUGAUCAGCCAGGUACGGAAGAUGAAUGAAGCACCUGUGAGCAAGAAGACCCCCGGCUCGGAGAAGACCAAGAGGAGGCUGCUGCGGAGAAGGAACGCCGAGCGUGACAAAGGAGAGAGAAGCGAGGUGUCUGACCUGCGUGAGGGUGUCAUUCGGGUUCAUGCGCCUCUGCAUGCAAAAGUCUCCAUGGCAAUACAACUGGACAGUGAGACGAAAGCCAAAGAUGUCAUGGCUCGAUUUGACUGUGAGACCAGAGGCUCUCGCAGCUCUAGUAAAAGACAACGACAGUAUUUGUUUGAGGUUGGAGGAAACAUAGGUGAGCGCUGCUUGGAUCCUGAAACGCAUCUUCUGGACUUAUACCGUGUUAACCCGACCUGUGAGUGGAUCUUCAAACCUAGAACAACCUGAAGACGAACACCUGGGCAGAGCACAAGUGAAAGAACAGAAUGACGAUUGACCAUCAAAAAGGGUCAGAUAUUGCCACCUGCUGGUCAUCUAUGAGAAUUUGCAUGUUGAGUCAAGGAAGAUCAAAUGCUGGUGUGGAUUUAAACGAUAUGACCCUUGUACAGAAUCACUUAACAGGAUCACAGCUUUGUGAAGAAGAAUGGAGAAGGCAUGGCAAGCUGCCGUUGGGAUAAACUGAAGCACAAACAGGGUGAGACCACGUGAGUCUCCUUUCAAAAUGGAAGUAUUUUCAUAACGAACAUAACUUUGAGAAGUUUUACAUCUCAGUGGCCAACUGAACACAAUACUUGCCAUCAGGACUGGUCAGUGCCAAAGACAUGCGCAAUGCAGUGUUCAGCCUCCAGUAGCUAUCGCUAAAGCUCAUCUCUCUUCUGCCUGCCUUUUACCACUUACAAUGCAACCAAAGUGUAAAAAUUCUGUACAUAUAUACAUAAUAUUUAUACCACUAAUUUAUCCCACUUUUGUAUGAUUAUAUGCUUUAUAAACCGCAUUUUGUCUGUCUGUUGCUGUAUUAGGAGCAUGUUUCAUUGUAAAGCCAUUUUCAUUGACAUCAGCCCUGUGUUGCAUUCAGAUCACUAAUGAAGACGACUGUGGGAAGCUAGGAGGAUAUUUCUGUGUGCUCACAUUGCACUGAGUUAUGCUAUUACUGGUCGAGAGCCAGAAUUCUCAAACAUUUGGGCCUGAGCCACAUAGUGUUUACACCUCCAGGCUCAAACCCUGAAGUAUGUGGACAUGUGUGGUGAGCCUGUCUCACUGACCGUACAGAAGAACGUACCCAUGAUUUUAGCAGCCCCACGGCUGGCAGAAUGACAAUGACAAGGCCCACAGUCCGUCACAGAUUAAUUGAAACACUACUCUGAGGGUGCCCACAACUGGAAUUAGGGGAAAGCCUCUUAUUUUUAGGCAAAUUACCCAAAAUUGCUAUGAGUGGAAGGUGUGCUUGUUUACCAGUGUUUACAGUGUUUGAGCUUGUGAAUGUGAGAGAUUUGCUAAAUCAGUGUGCCACAAAUUCCAUAUUAUUGUAUGCUUGUGUAUUUGACAUCAAUGCCACAGAUUGUUCUGGCUUCGUCGUGGUUGCGCGCUGCAUUCUGAAUGAAUCAAGCUCCAGUUGAGUACACGUGGAAGCCUCUGUUGCUGAUUACAUGGCUCAGGAAUUAUUUGCUCCCUCCAAAGCUUGCUAGAGAAGAGGCAUAAACUAUGUUGCAUGUGUUCUCAUCUGAUUUCCAACAUGUGUGUUACAAAUUUUUUUUUUUUAAUUUUUGUAUUUUACAUAGAUUAUGAUUUUGACACUGCCAGCAGUUGUGCCAUUUCUUUUGGCACAGUGGAAGUUUCGCUGUUACUCCACAUGACCUUUGUCAUUAACACAUGAACUGAAUACACUAUCCACAAUCUGAAUGAAUGAACGCCUGCUUGUAUUUCCUUUCAAAUCCAACACAAGUCAGUUUGUUUCACCUGCUAGAAAAAGGGAACAAGCUACCGUUUAAUGGGUGAUUUUAGACAGGUGAUAGCCAGUGCCUAAACAGCUCCUCAAAAUUCAUAAUAUAUUUGCAGUAAUCAAUAACAUUUUAUCUUCUGCUUAUCAAUGCACCAUAACGAGACGAAUGAUAUCAGAGUAGGAAGUACAUGGUUACAGUGGGUGUAGGUUGGUAUGCUAAGUAGGCGCGGGCA